AUGCCCGUUCCCACUCUGCCCGCAUCCAUCAGCAGCUUACAGCAGCUGACGCGGCUCUGCGUGACUCUGCCGCACGAAGUCACCGAGUUACCACCCGAGUUGGGCAGCCUGCGGUCGCUCAGGAGCCUGACGAUCGUCGCGCCGUCACUUACGACGCUUCCCGGCACGUUCGGCGGGCUCACAUUUCUAGAAGAGCUCGAGCUUGAGGGGUUACGAGUGGAUGGUCUACCCAGCGGUCUAUGGCAAUUGAAAGCUCUGAGAAAGUUGAUCUUUAGAAUGAUGGAAGAGUUGGUUGAGUUACCUGCCUCUCUCUCUCAGCUUUCACUCCUCACUCACCUACAGAUUCACUGCUGCGGCGAGUUUAGCCGCCUGCCGGACAGUUUUGGGCAGCUGCAGCAAUUGAGGGCACUCCAGCUGUUUUCGGUGGACCGGCUGCGUGUGCUUCCAGAAUCUUUGGGCGAGCUGCCCGAACUGACCGACUUGGAGAUUCGCAACUGCCGGUUUCUAACCAUGCUGCCCAGGUCACUGCCUUCCUUAGCCACCCUCCAGCGGCUCACCAUCCACGACUGUGGAGAUUUUUCCUCGUUGCCCGAAAACAUUGGGCAGCUUCCAAAUCUGGAGGAACUGGAUAUUGAUUCUAUUGAUAUAACUGCCAUUCCUAAUAGCCUGGGGCGCCUCACCUCUCUGCAGAAGCUGUGGGUGUGGGACUGUUCAAGGCUCCAGAGCCUCCCAGAGUCUGUAUCAUGCAUGGUCUCGCUCUCGACCGUCCGUUUGGACGGUUGCGUUUUGGAGGAACUUCCAGAAGAUUUCGGGCUGCUUCGGAAUCUUCGUUAUCUGGAUCUGUCCCGCCUUCGAAACCUUCAUUCGUUGCCCAGAUCUUUUGGGCAGCUGAAAUCAUUGAAAGACUUCAAAGUGAUAGGCUGCGCUGCACUCACUCUCCCUUCGGGUUCCACAUUCAAUCUCUCUUCGCUGGAGUCGCUGCUCGUGCGAGGCCAUACACCAAUCGGAUCGUUCCCUUCCAGCUUCGGGCAUCUGCCAAACCUCAAUGCGCUUGAGCUCAGCGCCGGCUGCGAAUUCGACGCGCUGCCCGGCGCUGUCGCCAGCCUGCCCAAGCUGGAGGUGCUGAAACUGAACAGAGGCGGCUGCUUCGGAAGAGGGCCACAGCACGUGCCAGCAGACUUUUCUCAGCUGGCGCCCGCCCUUCGCAUUCUGGAGCUGGACGGACUCUGGCAGCUUGAGUUUCUCCCUGAGUCGCUCACCCUCCUCACGCGCCUGCAGCGGCUGAGCAUUGCGGACUGUGAGCAGCUGCGGGGGUUGCCGGAGGGCUUGGGGAACCUGGCUAGUCUCACGGAGCUGGAGCUGAGCUCCUGCCCCCGGCUCCACCUCUUCCCAUCGCUUCUCCCUGCUCUGUCGCCUCUUGCACCGGUUCCCACCGCCUCAGCUUCCCUCCCUCCUGUUCCGACCGCCUCAGCUGCUCCUUCUCCUGCUGCUUCCUCCACAGCACCCAUCGCCACCACAGUAGAUACCUCAUCCCUUACUUCCCGACCUCCAUCAGCUGCCACGUAUCAAGACAUUCCACCUUGA